AUGUGGAGGCAGCAGCCCAUGAUGGCACCGCCCCUUAGAGUGACUUUUGAUGGCAAUCCAGAGAAGUUGAUUUUCUUCCUUAGUCAAGUACAUUCCCACAGGAAUCACAAUGCCAAUUUCUACCCAAAUCUACCUGCUACGGUAGACAUGUUUGUGGCCAAUAUGGAAGGGGAAGAGUCUGAGUGGCUAAACAAUCGGUACAAAGAGCAAGCGCCUGAACUGGGGGAUCUCCAUCCCUUACUCCUUGUAUUAAGAGCCAAGUUCGAGGGCCCAUCCAUAGCCCUCAAAAUGGAGAAACAAAUUCCCAAGAUAAUUCAAACAAUACCUCUUUCCAUCUGUAAUAAGAUGUGUCCUCUUGGCCAUAGCAAGAUAAAAGUGGAAGGAAAAUUAUCCUGCUGCUAUGACUGUAAGCCAUGUCCAGAAGGAAAGAUAGCUGACCAAUUGGACUUAGAUGACUGUUUCCCAUGUCCAGAAGAUCAAUAUCCAAACAAGGAUAAGGAUAGUUGCCUUCCAAAACGUAUAGUUUAUUUAACUUAUCAAGAACCAUUGGGGAUUUCUUUGGCAGUGAUUGCAGUCUUCUUCUCAAUCAUCUCAGCUGUGGUAUUGUGGAUCUUCAUUAAAUAUCAGGACACACCUAUCAUUAAAGCCAAUAAUAGGAACCUCACUUAUAGCCUUCUCAUUGCUCUCCUCCUCUCUUUCCUUUGCACUUUGCUCUUCAUUGGACAACCUGACCAAGCCAAAUGUCUCUUGCGACAAACUGCUUUUGGCAUUAUCUUCUCAGUAGCUCUUUCUUGCAUAUUGGGGAAAACAAUUAUAGUGGUCCUUGCUUUCAUGGCCACCAAGCCUGGCUCCAAAAUUAGGAAAUGGGUGGGGAAAAAGAUGGCCACUGCUAUUGUCCUAUCUUGCUUCCUGACUCAAUUCAACAUCUGUAUAGUGUGGCUGGCAAUUUUUCCUCCCUUCCCAGAUUCUGACAUGCACUCCAUGGCUGAAGAAAUUGUCCUCCAAUGUAAUGAAGGUUCAACCACCAUGUUUUAUACAGUCCUGUCCUUUUUGGGGUUCUUGAUUGCUGUCAGCUUCACGGUGGCUUUUCUAGCUAGGAAUCUGCCUGACAGCUUUAAUGAAGCCAAGUUUAUCACUUUCAGCAUGUUGGUCUUUUGCAGUGUUUGGGUGUCAUUUGUUCCAACUUAUCUGAGCACCAAGGGAAAAUAUAUGGUGGCUAUAGAGAUCUUCUCCAUUUUGGCUUCAGCAGCUGGAUUGCUGGGUUGCAUCUUUUCCCCCAAAUGCUAUAUCAUUAUUCUGAGACCUGAUCUGAACCAAAAGAAGCAAUUAAUGAAAAAAUGA